CCAACCUGCUCCACGAAUACAUAGGUCCACCAUCACAGUGCGUGGAUGGGGAUAGUGAAUAGUGGAUUUCAAAAUGAAGAUUCUAGUGGUACUAUUGCUUGCCGCAUGUGGCACAGCUCUCGCAGCUAAACUCUCAACGCCUCCGAAAGCUCUGACACCAUCGUUCCUGAACAGGUUGCGCAGUGCAACGGUCGGCUUGAAGCCGUCGCAAAGGAAUGCGAAUAUCACGGAGGAGUUUUUCACUACCGAGGUAGACCACUUCAACAAUCAGGACCUGACAACAUGGAGCAACCGCUAUUUGGCGCUGAUGGAUCACUUUGUUGAGGGAGGACCGAUGCUGAUCUUUCUUACCGGCGAUGCACCGCUCGAUCCUUCCAUGAUCGACGAUGGUACUCUGAUUAACGAAAUGGCGCGUGAUUUGGGCGGCGCAGUCUUUGCGCUCGAAACGCGAUUCUACGGCAAAAGUCAACCGGUGGGCGAUCUUACAGUGGAGAGUUUGCGAUUACUCAACACCGAUCAGAUCUUGGCUGAUGUGGCCGACUUUGUAGUGCAUCUGCGCCGCACCGUGAUCAAUAAUCCAUUCGCCCAUCCACUGGUAACAGGUACCGGGCUGGGCGGUGGUUUGGCUACCUGGUUCCGGGUUAGGUACCCGCAUCUGGUCGAUGCUACUUGGUCUUCAAGUGGGUAUAUACAGGCGGUGUUUGAUUUCCAGGAGUUCUCGUCGGGCUGGGCCGAAACGGCAAUCACGGUGGGUAGCAAUGAGUGCUACAAUCGCAUCUUCAUUGCAUUCCACGUAGCGCAGAACUUGAUCGAUGCCGGGUUCGGGGAGGUACUGUACGAGAAGUUUAAUCUGUGUAGUCCGAUCGAUUCGGAGGAUCGUAUGGCCGUGGCUUACUUCUUCAGCGUGCUGAUGACAUCGAUCGAGCUGUACACACUACGCAAUGGAAACGUCGAUGAGUUUAAGACAGUUUGUGAUGAUAUUACAAACAACGACUCUACGACCUCGCUGGAUGCGUUCGCGAACUGGUUUAAUCAACAGUUCGUCUCUGAUGCCGGGUGCAUCAUAGUGAGUUUCGAUCAGUUCAUUGAAACGCUCAAAGAAACGUCCGCAUCGACAGAAAUCAGUAUGGCUGGCGAACGGCAGUUCCUGUACCAACAGUGCACCGAGUACGGGUGGUUCAUUACGACCGAUUCUGACUUGCAACCAUUCGGUGAGCGGGUGACGAUGGAACUAUACCUCGAGAUGUGCCGGCGCGUCUUCGGCGACUGGAUAUCGCUCGAGCUGAUGUUCCAGUCGACUACGCGCAUGAACGAACGGUUCGGCGGCGAUAGGCCGAACGUGAUGCAGAUCCACUUUACCAACGGUGCGUUUGAUCCGUGGCGCUAUUUGAGCGUAGUGUCCGAUCUGAAUGCGUACGCACUAGCUGAUGUGAUUCCGGGCGAGCUGGCGGGCGCUGACCUGGGCGCCAUCUCGGAGGAAAACGAUUCCACCGAGCUGGUUGAGGUGAAGCGUCGUCUGAAGGAACUGCUGGAAAGCUAUCUAUUCCCGUUCAAUCCACGAUAAAGCGAUAACGAUAAGGCGUGUUUGGAAGAUGUUCUUAUAAUAAUAUACAACGACGCAGUACUACGGGUA